CGUGGCAGGGGCUGGCCUGGGAAGCGGAGGAGGCGGGUCUCCAUAGAAACCUCCACUUGUUUCCGGCCAGGCUGUGCGAGAUUAGGGGCUACUGCGGGGGCCAAUCUCAGCUAGCUCGCCUUUUCCCGGCGACCUCUGCGGGAGCAGUAGGUGUUGUACACAAUCAUCAUGGCGGCAGCUGGAGCCCCGGAUGGCAUGGAGGAACCUGGCAUGGACACGGAGGCCGAGACGGCGGCGGGCGAGGCGCCCGCGCGGCCUCUCAACUGCGUGGAGGCCAAGUCCGCGGCGGGGGCGGCGGCGGCCGCCGAGGACUCGUGCGCUGCGCGAAGCAGCCUGCAGCCGGCGCCUGCCCAGCCCCCCGGGGACCCCGGCGCGCAGGCCUCGGUCAGCAACGGCGAGGACGCGGGCGGUGGCGCCGGCAGGGAGCUGGUGGACUUGAAGAUCAUCUGGAACAAGACCAAGCACGACGUCAAGUUCCCCCUAGACAGUACCGGCUCGGAACUGAAGCAGAAGAUUCACUCGAUUACAGGUCUCCCGCCUGCCAUGCAGAAAGUCAUGUAUAAGGGCCUUGUCCCUGAGGAUAAGACACUGAGAGAGAUAAAAGUGACCAGUGGGGCCAAGAUCAUGGUGGUUGGCUCCACGAUAAAUGAUGUCCUAGCCGUAAACACGCCCAAAGAUGCUGCCCAGCAGGACUCCAAGGCCGAAGAAAACAAGAAGGAGCCUCUCUGCAGACAGAAACAACACAGGAAAGUGUUGGAUAAAGGAAAACCUGAAGAUGUGAUGCCUUCGGUCAAGGGUGCCCAGGAGCGCCUGCCAACAGUACCCUUAUCUGGCAUGUACAAUAAGUCUGGAGGGAAAGUGAGGCUCACCUUUAAGCUUGAACAAGACCAGCUGUGGAUUGGCACUAAAGAGCGGACUGAAAAAUUGCCCAUGGGCUCCAUUAAAAAUGUGGUCAGUGAACCUAUCGAAGGACACGAAGACUACCACAUGAUGGCGUUUCAAUUGGGCCCCACGGAAGCCUCUUACUACUGGGUGUACUGGGUUCCAACUCAAUAUGUGGAUGCAAUCAAGGACACUGUGCUGGGGAAAUGGCAGUAUUUUUGAAAGCACUUUCACCUCUGGCCCAGGAGACCGACCCAAAGUGAAGGACAUUGCUGGGAGUGGCCUGCAGCAUCCCUGGAUUUCAGAGUUCUGGAACUUUGGUUUUUUUUUUAAAAGAAAGAAAAAAAAAAUCUAUAUCCGAUCUAAGGUGAAGUGGUGACCGAAGCCAGAGGUGAUGUACUUUCACCAUUAGCUUAAUUUUAACUUAAAUCACCGAUUCCCUUUCUUGCAGUCAGCUUCAUACCAUUUUUAAAGUCGUUGUGGUGGAAAUCAAUAAAUCUGAAUUC